AUGGACGGAGCUUCAGAUCGCCGCUUGAAGAAGAGGGAAUCUGACCGCAGAUGCCAGCGAGUCUCUCGUCAGCGGAAAAAUACCCGCAUUGCCUACCUCGAAGGCCUUGUGGACCAACUUAGAGAAGCUGACACAUCCGGCCAAUUGGAUAGUCUCGUUCAGAGGAUCUCGCAAUUGCAAAAGGAGAGAGAUUCCUUCCAGGGCAAGCUGGCCGCCAUCGAAGCCAUCUUGAUGCCUGGCCAAACUGGUGCUCAAAGAGAACCAGAGGAGGUUGCAGCGAGGACGCCCGAUAUUGUUACUACAGAGGCCCGAAUGGAAGAAGCUGCGCCUUCAUUCAACCCUUCACCCGGCCAGGAAGCAAUGCACUUUCCAACCGACCCUAAACUCUUCAUGAUCCCGGGGUUGGAGAAGGAGCCUCCGCUGCCAUCGACAGAUCCAUUGCGGCUGGAGGAAUUUGACUAUCAGAAAUAUCAGAACGACAUACCGAGCACAUGGCCAGAGAAUCCCACUAUGAAUAUCGCCAGGACAACGUUCGAGCGGCCUUAUCUGGGCAUGCCUUAUCCCACCGAGUCGACCCGAAGCACGUCCUUGAAUAGCAGCCGCAGCUGUGGAUGUGGUCGUGCUAAGGCCUUGAGGAUGCUGAAUCUGAAUCACUGGCACUACGGCAAUGUUACGCUCGGCUCCUGGAUGGAGUGGCCUUCUUCUGUUGCUGCAUCGGGUCAUGCCGAUCCGUACUAUGAGGACACCGUAGUGCGAGCUAUCAUUGAGGGCUGGGACGCCGUUGAUUUGCACGGCAACGUGCAUCCCAUGUGGCCUAUCUUGCGAGUCAUGGAUGAGUCGCUGUUCAAAUAUGCAGACGGCACCAUGAAUCGCCUCGCCAUUCUCAUCGGCGUGUCUCGUCUGCUCUUGGCCCAUAUCGAGCACUCCCAGGCAAUCUACAGCACAAUUCCCUCGUUCGCCCUUGAGAGCCAUGGCCAAGAUUACUACGCAUAUGCCGCAAACUUCAUCUCCUGGCCAGGAAUCAGAAGGGCGCUAGUGACCCACGAACAUAAGUAUUGCUCGAACCGCUUCUGGCGCAUGUUAAUAAACAGUAUUCGGGUUCAAUGGCCAUUCGAAGUUCGAGAUUGCUAUCUUUAUAACGCUGCCGAGGCAUCGUAUUCAAUAUCUCCAACGUUCCUGGCGACGCUGAACAACUUCCACGCUCUGGGCAUUAAACGCGAUUUUUUUGACUACUACCCGGAGCUUCGAGGGAUGGCCCUGGCCGUAGACGGGAUUCCGCCAUCAAUUACGACAACAAUGGGACUUCCCAGCAAUCAUAAUAUAGGAUUGAAGAAUGAAGGGGUCCAUCCACCAGGCCAGGAUCAGCAACCCGUUCUGUCUCCAUUUCACGUGCCCCGACAACUGGGUUCACAAGGAGUGAAACAAAGCGGUAUUCCUGAACAACAACGCGAGACUGGGGAUAUGCCAGGAGUACUGCAUCCUUCUGCCUCACGAGCUGCGACCACGGACGCACCAGCCAGCUCCCUGAGUGACAUGCUUCUGUGCUUGUUUGAGACUUCUUCCAGUGCCGCGGAAGAAGACCAAGGAAGCCAAGAAGACGGCAAAGGAAAGGGCGGGCCAGUUCUUCAGACCCCGGCUUGGGGCGGUGCACCAGGCCUGCUCCCUCGUCAGGUGUUGCUGCCCGAGGUCUCUCACAUUUUUGCCGGGAGAGAUUUUAUAUGA